CGAAGGCUACGUUUCGGCAGAUGCACGGAUGAUGCAGGACGAUCCGAACGAGAAUGAUGAUGUGGUUGAGCGUUCCGAUGACAUCGGCGAUAUAAAAGCCAUGAGUCAGCCUAAAAAUGAUUACUGGGGUGGCUAUUACGAUUUUCUUAUAAACGAGGGUAGCUACAAAUUUUGGGCAAUAUUCCAACUUUCUACCGCAGCACUACUCAUCUACAGUGGAUUCGCAGCUUUGUAUUAUGCUAAAGUGAAUCCACAGAUUACCGAAGAUUACGAUGAUUUUCUACUGAAGCGAAGACGACGAUUUGUCAAUCGAGCUGAACAACCACGUGAUCGUCCGUUUCUUGGUUUCGAGCCUCAGAGUUUUCAAAGGAUACUUGAUGCCGUUGCCCGAGAGAUUCGUUGA